AUGAUCCGUGAUCUUGUGCUGAACAUCCUCACCUCGUGUACCCGAAGGUAUGGGCAGGAUCUUGCUCUUCCAGUAACUACUGAAGAGUUCAAGCCUGGUGGUCCCAUCAAUCAUCACGACUACCAGGCGGCCAUAUGCUACUGA